AUGUCGGCGUCGAGUAGGGGAGCUGCUCUCCUUAGGAGCCAACAACGCUCCAUCUGCCUACAAUGCCGCACCCAAACCCGAGUACUUGCGCCCGUCGCCGCCGCCGGCGCCAGUGCACCUAGACGUUUCUACUCCGCCGAGGCCUCUGCCACUGCCACGACCACAACAACACUACCCCCUCCUCACCCGCCCGUCACCACAUCAACAGGCACCGACGCCGCCACCUCGACCUCGUCGCAAAUCUACCGCAUCAAGUCGGGCGUGAUCCUGACCCGCCCCCCGCUGCUGACGCGCGACCUCACCCCCUUUGAAGAAUCCUUCUACUUUUACCAGAAACGCCUCAACGAGCGGCUGACGGCCCCCUUCCGCAAGGACUUUUACUUCAAGAAGGACACGGCCGCCGACCUGGACUGGCGCAUCAAGCUCAAGGAGCGCCACGGCGUGCCCGCCAAGGACAUUGGUCGGUACAACCCGCGCGGCCGGAUGGCGUGGAACGACGAGGUGCUGGUGGGGUCGCAGACGUCGUCGAGAAAACACAUGGUGGACAAGUUGCUUGCCGAUGCGGAGAUGCGCGUGUCGGAGGAUGGCGAGGAGAUCCCUGCUGAGGAUCGGGUCCCCGUCGAGAAGCCGAUGCCGAGACGGACGGAGGCGGAUGAGAAGGGGGAUGUCAAGCGGUUGGAUCGCGCGCUGGACAAGACGCUUUAUCUGGUGGUGAAGAAGAAGGCGGACAAGGAAGGCGAGGAGGCCAAGUGGAUGUUCCCUACGGGCGUCGUGCCUACGGAUGAGGGGUUGCAUGAGACCGCAGCCCGCAUCCUCGCCGAGUCCGCAGGCGUCAACAUGAACACGUGGAUCGUCGGCCGCGUACCCGUAGCCCACCACGUCGUCCGCCCCGUCUUUGGCCAGAAGGACGGCGCCCUGCUCAAGAAGGGCGAGAAGAUCUUCUUCCUCAAGGGCCGCAUCAUGGCCGGCCAGGCCGACCUGACCGACAACCUGCAUGAUCUGGUCGACUUUAAGUGGCUCACGCAGGAGGAGCUGCGCAGCACGUUGGCGGAGGAGUACUUCCACAGCGUUAAGGGCAUGUUUGCUGAGAGGUGAACAACACAACAACACUCCCUUGUGGGCUGGUCUGGUGAAGUAGGAGGAAGAAGGUUGGAGAGGUGGUGAUGAGUGGAUGGUUGACGUCGGUGGGACUACCAUUAUCUUCCGGGGAGAUGGAAUGGGGAAGUGUGUGGGUGGAGGAAGAAGAGAGAAGCAUGUGUACAAAUGUAUUGAUAUCAAAAGAUGGUUUUAGUUGGUCGGUGGUAAGGUACAAUUGUUGUUUAUGCGCUGAGUCGACCUGGACCGCCCCCUAGCCGAACACAACCAAAGUUUUCGAGAAAGAGAAAGAGACCCGGUUUGGAAG